UAUGACAGUAAAAUGACAGCUAAACAGGCAUGAUUUACCAAAUACCCUCUCCUAGCGAAAUAAAACCGAUAAAUUACAUAAAUACAUAUUGUUAAAAUUUAAUAAAAUAGGAAAACUAACAGAAAAGUUAUAAUAAAAUCGAAAAAUAAUACUAACUUUGAAAAUGUACAAAUUCCUGGCUAUAUCGAGAAGUGGCAAUGUUGUUCUGGUGGGCAAUAGAUGUAUGCAAGUGCUGCAGAAUCAGCGCUGGUAUUCUCAGCCCGGCCGAAGACCUGGAUUUCUAUCACAGUUUAUUGAUAACAUCAAGAACGAAAUGGAUAAAAACAAGGAAAUGAAGGAAAGCAUUAAGAAAUUCCGUGAAGAGGCUCAGAAGUUGGAACAGUCGGAAGCUUUACAAUCCGCCAGACAAAAGUUCAAUAUUGUUGAAUCGGAGACUCAAAAAACAUCAAGCAUACUUAAAGAUCAAUUGGGAAAUAUUAAGGAGAAGGUUUCCGAUGUACUCGAUGAGGCUGUUAAAACCGAAAUUGGUCAAAAAGCAUCUAAGCUUGGUGAAGAGCUCUCAAACAAGGCAAAAACAGCUAAGGAAACCAUAUCGGAAAAAGGCGAAAAAAUUGGCCAAACCACAGCAUUCCAGGCCAUAUCGGACACAACGAAAAUGAUCAAACAAGAAAUGGAUGCUCAGAGCAUUAAUUCCCGUGUGUACAGAUCGCCUGUUCGUCUACGUAAACGUAAGGAAAUUGAUUUAGCAAAUGAUGAUCGCGUUGUUGAACCAAAUUUGGAAGCAAUGGGCAUGGAAUUGCACAAGGACUCGAAAUUCUAUCAAUCAUGGGAGAAUUUCAAAAACAACAAUGCGUAUGUGAACAAGGUACUUGAUUGGAAAAUGAAAUAUGAAGAAUCUGAGAAUCCGGUUAUACGAGCUUCAAGACUUUUAACAGACAAAGUUUCCGAUGUAAUGGGUGGCCUAUUCUCGAAAACUGAACUCUCAGAGACGUUGACUGAGCUAUGUAAAAUAGAUCCAAAUUUCGAUCAGAAACAAUUUUUGAGAGAUUGUGAAACUGAUAUUAUACCAAAUAUCUUGGAGGCCAUGGUACGCGGUGAUUUGGAGAUACUAAAAGAUUGGUGCUUUGAAAGUACCUUUAACAUCAUAUCAACACCAAUAAGUCAGGCAAUAAAAGCUGGUUUGUAUUUGGAUUCGAAAAUUUUGGAUAUCGAAAACAUUGACUUGGCUAUGGGCAAAGUUAUGGAUCAAGGUCCAGUACUCAUUGUUACCUUCCAAGCCCAGCAAAUUAUGUGUGUGCGAGAGCGUAGUUCUAAUAAAGUCGUUGAAGGUGACCCAGAGAAAGUUAUGCGUGUGAAUUAUGUUUGGGUACUCUGUCGGGAUCCAAAUGAAUUGAAUCCCAAAGCUGCAUGGAGACUUAUGGAGUUGUCGGCAAAUAGUCAAGAACAAUUUGUAUAGAAAUAGUCCAUAACUAUUACCAUUGUUGUUAUGUUUUCAAACAUAAAAAUCCUAAACAUAGAUUUUAAGUUACUAUAUAUAUGUACAUGUAGAUAACAUGACAUUUCCCAGAAUUUAACAAGCAAAGAAAUGUCUUAGUUAAAUAAAUUUUGUUUGACACGUAAUAAGCGCACAUACAUAAAUAUAAAAAUUAUUUUCGAUGUUCUUGCGGAAUCUUGCAAUUUUAACUUAUCUUCUGCAAAUACUUGCUUUGAAUGCGAAAUCAAUUUUUAAUAUGUAUGUAAGUUUUAUCUCAACGUUUUUUAUGUUUCUUCCAGUUAUAAGUUGUGAUGAGUGCUAACUGCUACUCAUUGCUCAAUAUUUUUUUCCUUUCGAUAAAAUACCUAUAAGUACAUUUUAGAUUUUUUUAACAAUGUUAAAUUUUACAUGCGAAUUUUGUAAAUAUUAUAACUGCAGUAAAUUUCAACAUUUUUUUAUGAUUAUAAAACACGCACCUAUAUAUUUAGUCUCUUUUUUAAUAAGCAAUUUCUACUGUGUAGCUUGAAAGGAUGAAUAUGUAUAGAGAUGUGUUUAAAUGUUGAUUUAUUUUUUGUAUGCAAAUAUAAAAUGAAACCAAACUAAA